GCAAAGUCAUGGGCGCCCCUUACAUUGCUUAUAAACCCAUCUUACCCACUGAAGUAGUGUUGUGUUAUGUCUUUGGAAUAUAUUAUCUCGUAGAGAUAACAAGGAAAGCGAUUCCAAAGGAAUAUCUUUUCCUCGAUCUUAUGUGAACCCUUCAUGCAAUUCCUCGGGGUGAUUGUUUACAUAUAUGCAUAUAUAACUUGCUCCUUAAGUUUUUGAUCUGAGAUAUUAUAUCUUCCUGGUUGUAGCGUGUGUUAUAUAUAGACUUGGGAGAGAUGGGUAGUUCAAUAACAAGGGGUUUAAGCUCCAUAAUAUCGACCAUAGCGUACUGUUUGUCCCUUGGGUAUCCAGAGAAGAAGCCAAAGAUCAAAAGGGUCAGCCACAUCAACUACUACGCCAUGCCAAGGGGUCGCCCACUUUCUUUACAGACCAUAGAUCUGAAGGUUAGGAUGUGCUGCUCGGGCUGCGAACGAGUCAUCAAGAACGCCAUUUACAAGCUCAGGGGGGUGGACUCAGUGGAGGUGAACCUGGAGAUGGAAAGAGGGACGGUGGUUGGGUAUGUGGAGAGGAACAAGCUCCUGAAGGCUGUCCGAAGGGCCGGGAAGAGGGCUGAGUUUUGGCCCUACCCCGACAUCCCUCUCUAUUUCACUUCGGCGGAAAAUUACUACAAAGACACCACCAAGGAGUACAAGGAGAGCUACAAUUACUACCGCCAUGGCUACAACAUGAGCGACCGCCACGGCCACGUUCAUGUCACCCAUCGCGGUGACGACAAAGUCAGCAACUUUUUCAACGACGACAACGUCAACUCCUGUCGUAUUAUUUGAUCUCCUUGUAUUUCGUCAUAUCCAAUAUCCACUACUGGUGGACAAUCAUUGAAGCUCCCUCCAGCUACAUGUAUAUCACAACUGCCAUUCAAUUACAACCUUGUAGUAGUACUACUACUAAAAUGUGUUAGUUGGCCGUUGGGUCGUAUGGGUUUGGUCUA